GGCGGAACUCACGUGGUACGUUCAGGUCUGGUCCCCGCUUGGCGCGAGCUACCGCCUUCCACGAUGACAGGCUUUCCACGCUCUGGUUGCCCUUAGGCAUGCGCGACAGACAUUCGGAUCAACUAGAAUACAAACUGAAGCCCUACGACUUCUCACCGGUUUGCGCUCUCGCCGAGGCUCCGGCUGCUUGCGGACCGGCCUCCUUCGUUCCGCUUCUCCCCACUCCGAAAGUUUAAGCUUACUGUUGGCAGGUCCCUGGGCAAACAGUGCGUGAGAUGGGACGGACAUCAAAGGAUAAGCGGGAUGUCUACUACCGCCUAGCCAAGGAGAAUGGCUGGCGUGCCCGCAGUGCCUUCAAGCUGCUACAACUUGACGAGGAAUUCCAACUCUUCCAAGGUGUGACGCGGGCAGUUGACCUGUGCGCGGCCCCGGGCAGCUGGAGCCAGGUGCUGAGCCAGAAGAUUGGGGGCCAGGGGUCCGGCCACGUGGUGGCCGUGGACCUUCAGGCAAUGGCUCCACUACCAGGUGUGUUACAGAUCCAGGGGGAUAUCACCCAGCUGUCCACUGCCAAGGAGAUCAUCCAGCACUUUGAGGGCUGCCCCGCGGACCUAGUGGUGUGCGACGGGGCUCCUGAUGUAACCGGCCUCCAUGAUGUUGAUGAGUAUAUGCAGGCCCAGCUCCUCCUAGCCGCUCUGAAUAUUGCUACACAUGUCUUGAAGCCAGGGGGCUGCUUUGUGGCCAAGAUCUUCCGAGGCCGGGAUGUGACACUGAUCUACAGUCAGCUGCGUGUCUUCUUCUCCACCGUGCUCUGUGCCAAGCCCAAGAGCAGCCGGAACUCCAGCAUUGAGGCCUUUGCUGUCUGUAAGGGUUAUGACCCCCCUGAGGGCUUCCUGCCGGACCUGACCAAACCCCUGCUGGACCACUCUUACGAUCCAGAUUUCAACCAAUUAGAUGGUCCCACCCGCAUCAUUGUACCAUUUGUGACCUGUGGGGACCUGAGUGCGUAUGAUUCGGACCGCAGUUACCCACUGGAUCUAGAGGACGGCUCAGAAUACAAGUAUACUCCGCCCACGCAGCCCCCCAUCUCACCACCAUACCAGGAGGCCUGCACCUUGAAGAAGAAGGGGCGGCUGGCCAAGGAGAUGCGCCCCCAGGACUGCCCCAUCAGCACAGUGGACACGUUGCCCCAGUCCCUGGCCGCCCCACAGCGCCACACCCUGCUGGCCUCUGAGGUGGAAGACAGUGAAAUGAACUGUUCGCCUUAAGAUGUUAAGUUAGCUGGCAAUCUGAUAAGGACUCGGAAGCUGUUUGCUGUCAGGAAAACCAGAACUUGAGUUGAUGAACUUGUUUUCAAAUAUCUCAUCAACCGGUCCUGAACAUACAAGCUCCGAGUGGGAACCUGGAGCAACCACCAGGAACACAGCAAGGAAAGAAACAUCACGGAAUGUCCGUCUGCACUGCAGAGGGGAUUCUUGAGUGGGGUCUUGCCUCUUCUCUGAAUCUUUCCAGCCGUGUCCUGAUUAUGUCCAGAAUUUACCCUGAGAGCGGGGGUUCUUAACCUUGGUAGAAGUCAGGGUUAUGUGUGGAUUUGAUGGAGGGAAAUAUUACAUCUUUAUUUUCACUAAUAUAACUGAAAUUUUAGCUAUACUCCCGGAUAUGAAUGCUGGCGUCAAAUCACAAUAGUAAAAGCAGUGCCUGCAGCUUCCACCAAUACAGAUCACAGUUACUUUUUUAUGUUAUGUUACAGUCGUUGCAGGCAUCUUAAAAUAUUGUUCACAUUGGUCGCUACUUUGAAUAAGAUCUUAAAAUUUGAUGUAUUAAUAAAAAAAAGUUCAUAUAGCA